CGCGACGGGGGUGGCGGCGCUAGCGGGGUCCCCAGCGGCAUGCCAGUGCCCCCCGGGCGCGAUGGCUAGCGGCAGCGCUGGGCAGCCCACCGGCGAGGCGGCUUCCCCGGCUCCCCCCACGGUCGCCGGCUCGCAGCCGCGCAAGAGGCUGGCGGCCGUGUGCGACCACUGCAAGGCCAAGAUGCAGCUGGUGGCCGACCUGCUGCUGCUGUCGAGCGAGGCGCGGCCCGUGCUCUCCGAGGGCGCCGAGUCCUUCGAGCAGUGCCGGGACACCGUCAUCGCGCGCACCAAGGGCCUGUCCAUCCUCACCCACGACGUGCAGAGCCAGCUCAACAUGGGCCGCUUCGCCGAGGCCGGGGACAGCCUGGUGGAGCUGGGCGACCUGGUGGUGUCGCUCACCGAGUGCUCGGCGCACGCGGCCUACCUGGCGGCCGUGGCCACCCCGGGCGCGCAGCCCGCGCAGCCGGGCCUGGUGGACCGUUACCGCGUGACGCGCUGCCGCCACGAGGUGGAGCAGGGCUGCGCCGUGCUGCGCGCCACGCCGCUGGCCGAGCUGAGCCCGCAGCUGUUGCUCGAGGUGUCGCAGGGCCUGUCCCGCAACCUCAAGUUCCUCACGGACGCGUGCGCCCUGGCCAGCGACCAGUCCCGGGACCGCUUCGCGCGCGAGCAGUUCAAGCUGAGCGUCAGGUGCAUGAGCGCCAGCGCCUCGGCCCUGCUGGCCUGCGUGCGCGAGGUCAAGGCGGCGCCCAGCGAGCUGGCCCGCGGCCGCUGCGCGCUCUUCAGCGGGCCCCUGGUGCAAGCGGUGGGCGCGCUGGUGGGCUUCGCCACCGAGCCCCAGUUCCUGGGCCGCGCGGCCGCCGUGAGCGCCGAGGGCAAGGCGGUGCAGACGGCCAUCCUGGGCGGUGCCAUGAGCGUGGUGUCCGCCUGCGUGCUGCUCACCCAGUGCCUCAGGGACCUGGCGCUGCACCCCGACGGCGGCGCCAGGAUGGCGGACCACAGGGACCGGCUGCGGAGCUCGGCCUGCGCCGUGUCGGAGGGCUGCACCCUGCUCUCCCAGGCCUUGCGCGAGCGCUCAUCGCCCAGGACUCUGCCGCCCGUGAAUUCCAAUUCUGUGAAUUAGUCCGGACCCAGGGG